AUCACCAGCUCCAACAUCAACACCAACACAAGACAGACCAGCCUACUGGUGCAGCGCAACGAUGAGCACGAUACUCAGCGCCAUUUCUUUUGUGCUGAUGUUCAUGGCAGCUUGGCCACAAGCAUCGGCCGCAGUGUCUGGACCCGCCGGAGGGAUCCUGCAGAUCCCAUCUAAUCGCUCCUUGGCUCACUGCAUCACAAGGUGCGGGGACAUUGACUUCUCCUAUCCCUUUGGUAUAGGGUCCGGCUGCUUUCGUCAAGGCUUCGAUCUCACCUGCAACCACUCAACCAAGCAUCCCAAGCUCUUUUUAGGCAAAAGCACUGUCCAGGUCACUAACAUCGACUCCAGCUAUGGCAUAGUUUUGACCCCUAUAAUCUUCAAGCUUGCAACAAGGCCAGGUACAAAUACCUACAACAUGACAUGGGAGGCCCCUGCUAAAGUGCUUAGAGUUGCCAUCAUGGACCAACAAAGCUGUGAAGGUGCACAACUGAAGAACGAAAGCUAUGCAUGCAGCCACGGUAGCAGUUGUCGGAAUUCCUCAUCCGGUGGUUACCAAUGUGUCUGCUCUAGUUAUGGACAAGGCAACCCUUACAUUUUAGAUGGAUGCAUGCAAGAUUAUAACCCAAAGCCCAAAGAACACUGUCCUGCAUCAUGUGGACCCAUUACUAUUCCCUUCCCCUUUGGGCUUGAAGAAGGAUGUUUUGCAAACGAAAAAUUUCAUCUUAAUUGUACCUCUGGCAAUCUCACAGUCUCUGUCUCAGAAGAUGCACAAUAUCAGGUGACCGGUAUCUCCGUGGAAGAUGGGACUCUGACUGUUAGCAAUAUGGUGAACGGAAGUAAUGAAAAAGAGGCAAUAUUAAUCCAGACUGAAGAUGGAUAUGGAGUGGACUCACCUAUGGAAGAUCAAUUUGAUUUCUCUGUGGAAUACAACAUUGUUAUAAAGUGGGCGGUUGCCAAUUUAACAUGUGAAACAGCUAUGCAAAAGGAUACUGAGUAUGCAUGUCGCAGUUCCCAGAGCUAUUGCCUAAACGUCACCCACGGAGAAAUAUUUAUGGGAUAUCGUUGUAAAUGUUCGUCAGGCUUUCAAGGAAAUCCGUACGUCAAUGCUGGCUGCACAGAUAUUGAUGAAUGCGCACUACAAAAUUACUGCAAUGGGACAUGUCAAAAUUCUUUUGGAAACUUCACAUGCUCAACUUGCCCACAUAGACAAGAGUUUGAUCCGAUAAAAAGGCAGUGUGUUACAUCAGCGAAGCAACACAAUAUUAUUUUGGGUAUUGCAACUGGAACUGGAUGUGGCCUUGGAUCCAUAAUUAUUGCAGUCUGUGUAGUUGUAUUUGCCAACAAGUGGAAGAAAGGCAUCCAGAAGAGAAUCCGACAAGCACACUUCAAGAAAAAUCAAGGCCUACUCUUGCAGCAGUUGAUAUCAGAUGAAAGCGCCACAAACAAAACAACGAUAUUCUCCUUAGAGGAACUAGAGAAGGCAACCAACAACUUUGAGGCCACUCGUGUUCUUGGUCGUGGAGGACACGGUACAGUUUACAAAGGGAUUCUAUCUGACCAACGGGUGGUGGCUAUUAAAAAAUCCAAAAUUGUGGAGCAGACUGAGAUAGACCAGUUUAUCAAUGAGGUUGCUAUCUUAUCUCAAAUCAUUCACCGCAAUGUGGUAAAGCUAUUUGGUUGUUGCCUCGAAUCUGAGGUGCCUUUGCUGGUGUACGAGUUUAUAUCUAAUGGUACAUUGCAUGACCUUCUUCACAUUGAUGUUACUGCCAAAUGUGUGCUGUCAUGGGAUGAUCGCAUUAGGAUUGCUGUAGAAGCAGCAGGGGCACUUGCUUAUCUACACUCGGCUGCUGCAAUACCGAUUUUCCAUAGAGACGUAAAAUCGUCUAACAUACUAAUGGAUAGCAGCUUCGCUACGAAGGUUUCUGACUUUGGUGCUUCAAGGUCUCUUUCCCUCGAUGAGACUCAUGUGGUGACUAUUCUCCAAGGAACAUUUGGUUACCUAGAUCCAGAGUAUUACCAUACCGGGCAGCUAACUGAAAAGAGUGAUGUCUAUAGUUUUGGAGUAAUACUUGUGGAACUUUUGACAAGAAGAAAGCCAAUUUUUAUCAAUGAUCUUGGUGGAAAACAAAACUUGUCCCAUUAUUUCGUGGAAGGAUUGCAACAGGGAGCAAUCAUGGAAAUAAUGGAUCCUCAGGUUGUCAACGAGGCAAACCCGGAAGAGAUUGAUGAUAUUUGCUCACUUGCGGAAGCAUGCCUGAGACUCAAAGGAAGAGAUAGACCUACUAUGAAAGAAGUAGAUAUGAGGUUGCAAUUCCUGAGAACUAAGAGGCCAAGAAAAUGCGAGAUUCUCCCAGCUAGUGAUGAGGAGAUUGAGCCUUUUUUAUGCCCAAAGGUUGGUAAUUCUGAUGCACCAAUGAAUGAUAUCAAUGCUGGUAAUUCAACAUCAAAAGGCACCUCCAGUUGCUACAGUCUCGAGCAAGAACUCUCAUCGUCGGUCACUUGGCCACGCUAACUACAUAUGUGCAAUACUACAAUCGCAUCCUUCCUAGUAUUCAUUUGAAUUACCAUUUAUUUUCUAUGGAUUUAUAUUAAGUUACAUAUAGUUCACAUUAGAAAAGAUUAUGUAAUGUAGUUUAGCUUCUGUAUAUUUGCAAAAUUUAUUUGUAGCUCAUGUCAGUUGUGUACAAUUGCAUUGCAAUUAUUUGCAAUGAAUAUGCCUGCAAUGAAUAACUUAAGGUA